AUGGACAUCGACAAGAAGCCAGUGUCUCAUGACAAUGAGGACCACAUGUCGGUUCGUGAGGGCCAAUAUGACGACCAAAAUGCAGCCAGCAAGGUCAAACCCGAUUCUCUGCGCGAUCUAGAGAAUCAGGAAAUUGCAAUUCGUACAAAGAAACUUGUACGCAAGAUGGAUCUCUUCAUUCUCCCACCGAUCGGUAUAUUGUACAUUUUGAACUACAUCGACCGUCAGAACCUCUCGGCUGCCAAACUUCAAGGGAUCAUGGAGGACCUUGACAUGACCACUCAACAGUUUGCCACGGCCGUAUCGAUCCUCUUCGUGGGGUAUUUGCCAUUUCAAAUUCCCAGCAAUCUUCUGAUCACGAGGAUUGCGCGGCCGGGCAUGUACAUCUGUCUCGCUGUGGUGAUCUGGGGAGCAAUUUCGGCGGCUACGUCGGCGGUCAAAACCUAUAAUCAACUCCUUGCCGUCCGUGCCAUUCUUGGAAUCGUCGAGGCAGUCUUCUUCCCCGGAGCAGUAUACUACCUGUCGGCAUGGUACACUAAGAAAGAGCUUGGCAAGCGCCUGGCUGGGCUUUAUAUUGCUCAACAAGUGGGUAAUGCGUUUGGAGGCCUCUUUGCUGCCGCCAUCCUUCAACUAGACGGAGCGCAUGGUAUAGCAGGCUGGCAGUGGCUGUUCAUUAUCGAAGGCAGCGCCACCGUCGGAAUUGGUGCUGUCUGUGCUUGCAUCAUGCCGGAGUUCCCACACAACAGUCGCAUGCUUUCGCAGGAAGAACGAGACCUCGCAGUCUGGCGGAUGGAGUCUGAGGCUGGAGCCGCUGAGGGUAGAGAGAAAGAGAGUGUACUGAAAGGCUUUCUCGAUGCUCUGUCCGACCCAAAGAUGUUGCUUCUCAUCUUCUGCAACAUGAUGUCCCAGGCACAAGGUUCGAUAGCCAACUAUUUCCCAACACUCGUCGACUCUCUUGGCUACUCAAGCACCCUCAGCCUCCUUCUCACCGCUCCUCCAUACAUUCUUGCCGGCUUCAUCUACUAUGGGAUCACCUACUAUUCGGAUCGCAAGAACACUGUGUAUCCAAUCAUCAUUGGGUGCAUUUCGAUUGCCAUGGUGAUGUAUAUCAUUCCCAUGGCAACCGAGAACGUGGGCGCGCGCUACUUCAGCAUGAUGGUCUUGCCCUUCUCUUCUGUCGGCCCACAAAUCCUCAUGUACAAGACGAUCAAUCUUCACCUUGCCCGGCCUAUUUCGAAGCGUGCCGCGGCAUCGGCUCUAGUCAACGCCAUUGGUGGAACUUCGAAUAUUUGGGCGUCCUACUUAUACUAUGCGGGCCCGCGGUUUUACGCUGCCUUUGGGACUUUGAUGGGUUGCGCAGCUUUAUUCGCACUCACGAUUACUGUUUAUCGAUGGCUUGUCCUGCGCGAUAACAAACGCUUGGACUCUGGCGAUCCAGAGCAGAUUGCGAAGGUGGUCAAGAGGGGUGUGACGCAGGAAAUGGUUGAUCUUGGGUGGCGUUACGAAAUGUACUGA